AUGGUAGCUUACAGUCCUCUUCUCAAACUCAUCGCAGACCGAGUACUCAGCUCAAGGUCCGGUGCUCGGUAUGACAGCACAAACAAAAAUUUGGAUCGUAAUAUUGGUGUAAAAUUAAGAGCGUUGGUUAAGAGCAAUAAAAAGAGCUCAGUUGGCUCUUUGCGUUCAGUGUCUGCCACAUUUGAGCAGCCCUUGGAUAUCGAGCACGACACUCGCGGCGGGAUUGGGAACAUAAGGACAUACCAAGCCAGGAUCCAAGCUCAACAGAAUCCCUACUUGGAUCGAGAUGUUAGCGGUAGAAUGGCCUUUGGUAACGAGCAGAUUGCAGUUACACGGCAGGCAAUUGUAACAAGUAGCUGAUAGCCAGUAGCCAGUAGCCAGAGGUGCCAGUAAUAGCUCAUACGAGAUACGGC